AUUACUUCCGUGAGAGUUCGGCUGCGCUCGGUGACAGUCACGUGGCUCUUGAUACAGCCCACACAACAAAUAUAUUUAAGUUGCUCCGGGAGCGCGCUGACAGUUUCGCUAUUGACCUGAAACGAGUGUGUUCUGUAACGCGUGCAUCUUGAGGAUUUUCUCAAGAGAACGUUUCCUUCUUCUAAUGCAGAACCUUUUAUUUGCGAGUGAGUGAUACAAGUGUAAAAUAGACGGAGUAACGUCGAUAGUGAUCCAAUUACAUAAUCUGAAAGCAAAAGGAAGAGAAGACAGAAAACUAGAGUGCUACCUAGAGAAGAUCGAAGAGAGAGGCUAAAGACAACUGUCGCACGUAAUUGACUCGGGUAACUUUGCAAGAUCUUUAAGCAAAAAGAGAAAGAAAACGAAAGUGUGUUUUUUCCAAACGUUUAUUUUUUCGUUUCGCCUUUUUUGUUAACACGCCGUCGCUGUUGUUUAGUGAGCUUCUUGGCUGAUCUUUUGAAAACGUAUAAACAAAUAUAUACAUAAAAAAAACUUAACCUGCAGAGCGAGCUCUUAACGGUAAAAGAGGCACGAACUUAACCUCUUAGUGUGUGAGACAAAAAAUACCAGCAUAUUAAAAAAAAAUCGCAUCUCCUGAGAAAAAAGAAGGAAAAAAGGAACACCACGUAUUCGAAAUCAGGCACGGAUCAAAGGGUCCAAAAAAUGGACUCGCCUGUCAUCGUGGACAAAGCAUCCGAAUUCGGAGAACCGAUUGAUUUGGAUCGUCCGUUUCCCGGGUUCCCAUUUGACGACGACAAUUUCGGACGACGCAGUGAUAUUCGUGCGCAUCUGGACGAUCUAGCAGCCCGCCACCCAGAAUUCGCCGACCAUCUGUUAGGCCCACCUUGGGGUGACAUCCCCUUUCACGGCUCUUUCCGUAACCGAAAUCGUGACUCUGGAAACAGAGAUCGUAAUAAUCACCAACAAGGUUACUCUGACGAGGACGCACGAAGCCAAGCAAGCGGAAGUAGCGCUGCCAGCGGAAUCAGUGCCUCCAGUUCGCACGGUGAAGCGGACAUUAAUCAAAAUCAACAAAAUAAAUCCUCCAAUUUCGAAGAAUCUCAUAGGAAAAGUCAAAUUCCGCAAUACGGAUUACGUAAUACUGUGGAUAUAGGUCAGCACCAUCACAACAUGGAAAAUCUUGACAGAGGAAAUCGUGGACAGCGUUCAAUGUCCGCUCCUCCAGAGAAUAGACAGUCUUCUAAUCAACAACAACCUCAACAGCAAGAGCAACAGCCACAGCAGCAGCCACAGGGUCAGAGAUACGUUUCUAGGAUAGAUAUAACGCCACAGCAUAACCAGCCUCAGCAACAGAAAUCACAGCAGCAACAAUCGCAGCCACAACCACAAACUCAGCAACAACAGCAGAAACCUCAGCAGCAAAGUAACGUUAGGCAUAUUCCAAUUUUUGUUGAAGGUAGAGACGAACCUGUGCUACCAAGAAGUUUCGACGACCCGUCUUCCUUCAGAAGAGCACCUUCUCCUUUCAGAAGAGAACCUUCUCCUCCGCAGUUUCAUGCACCACCACACUUUCAAAGAACAUUUGGUCAGCACUUUGGUGGAAGACCCCAUCAACGGCCUCCACACUUCCAAGAAUCUUUCUAUCAGCCACCAAGCGGCUUUGAGCAUCCUCCCAGGAGACAACAGCAGACACACACUUUCCAGCAGCCUAGACAGCCUCAGCAGCAACAGUAUUGCGAAAGACAGCCUCAACAACAAUAUUAUACUGAGAGACAACCACAGCAGCAGCAUUAUGAGCAAUCCAAGCAACAGAAGUCUCAACAGCAGGCUCCACCUCAACAGCAACAGCAACCUCAGCAACAGGAACCACCAAAACCUACCGUUCCAAAGGAUCCUCUAGAAAAAGUAGCUCUUGUACAGAAGGAAGUAGACUCUCUGGCUGAACAAGUUAAACAGUAUAGUGGUAACUCGAGGACAGAUAAAGAAUAUAUUUAUCUAGAUGAAAUGCUUACUAGGGAACUGAUUAAAUUGGACGAUAUAGAGACAGAAGGUAGAGACAAUGUUCGACAGGCGCGCAAGAACGCAAUAAAGACUAUACAGGAAACGAUUAGUUUACUGGAGUCGAAGGCGCCGCUUCCAUCGCAACAAGUAUUGUCAGAGGAACAGGAGAAACAAGAAGUUUCUAAUGUAACCGAAGAGGCUGAACAAACUGGAACACUAAACAUGCAUCAUAAAGGAGAGGAUCAGUCUCAGAAUAAGGAAGCAAUCCCACUGCCUCCUGCACCAUCAUCUCCAACGAAGAAAUCUGAAGAAGCUAUCGAACCUUCUACAGAAAAAAUAGAGAACUCUGAUACUCAUCACGCUACGAGUCAACAACAGGAUGCUCGGCAGGUUUCCAGCGAGCCUAUUGAAACGACUCCAGCGAAGAUGCCGGAAAUGACGUCCAUGGAAGUUCAGCAGAUUCCAGACGAAGCUAUUGUAACUGAACAGAAGGAAGUAGAAAACGCUCCCGGAGAAAAGGAACAGGAAAACACUACUGAAGUAAAGGAAACAGAUAUUUCUGCUGAAAAGACCACUGAGAACAUUCCCUCUGAGGGGAAUAAGGAAGUAAAUCCUCCAGAAGAAAAAAAAAUAGAGAAUGUUUCUGAGGAUAAAAAAGUAGAAAACACUUCCAAGGAAAAGAAAACUGAGAAAACUGAUAGUAAACCGCCUGGCCAAGAACAACAGCAGAAAACCGAGGAGAAAAUGGAGAUAGAGAGUAGUGAGGUAAAGCAGUCUCCCAGGUCAAAAAAAGGAAGGAAGACAAAGAAACAGUCUGCUCCAGUGUCUGAUAAACCUAUACCAUUGCCAGCUCCGGAGAACACUGAAGCUAGUGCAAAUUAGAAUAGCUGGCAAGAAGAAAUAUAAAGUGUCACGAUUCUAAUUGGACCAAAGGACGCAUCGAGCAAGUUAUUCUGUUGGUUGUCGCCAGAGCAGAAUAUCAUUAUUUUGAAGAACAAGCGAAGAGAAGCCUUUUUUGAUGGUCGUUAUUUCUUCUCUGUUUUGCGAUCAUUCUUGGUGCCAGAUCGAUAGGGACGUCGUGGAUCGACGUGAAAAUCGCACAAUCGUCAGCAUGGAAACCACGCCGGCCGGAAACGUUCUUUUGUUGUGUUUCGUUGCUCCUUCGUUCAAGUGGUUGCAGUCAGGUUCAAACAGGAGAAGAGUAUAUAUGUUCAGACAACCUUAUAACAUAUAGAAUCGUACAACGAAUAUCCAGCACGAAAAGGCUGUCACGCUGUUGCGUUGCAUUUGGACGAAACUGUCCCUCCUGAUUUCUACUCUUCACCCGUGCUGAUUUCAUGGGAAGUCAUAUGGGAAAGAACAUAGAAUACUCAAGGAAUUGUAUUACACGUUUGAUAAUGUUCAGUGCAAAGUUUGAUUGCACUCGAAGAAAUUGAAAUAUCGGUCUCCUUUUAGGAACAAUUCUUUUCUCUGUUUUUAUUAUUACUAUUUCUUCAUUUUUAAAUUAGUCACGUUAUUUAUUAGAUAUAUUUUUUCUUUUAUUGAGACGUUGAUUGACUAGUUAAUUGGUUAGAUAAUGACUGAGUAAAAGCAAAGGAAUGAAAAAGCAUUUUUUAGGAACCGAUAUUUAGUGUUUUAUAUAUUAUCGAGACUGGCAUGUAGUCAGUAUUGAUAAUAAGAUUAGUGGGAGAAAAUUGACACGAUUAUGAAAAUGUUUAAACGUGUUGUAUAAUGAAAAUGAUAACGAUUAUCCACAAGGAAACGCGUUGAGGAUGUCGGAGUCGAACGUUCAAGAAUGGAACGCGUCCGUUUCUUACUAUUAGUAUUACAGCGCACGGCCUGAAGCAUGAUAAAACUAACUUUAUUAUUAUUAUUAUUAUUAUUUCUAUUUAUAAUUUAUUGUGCGUCUGCUGAACGAUUCGAGCACGAUUUUCGUGCCCCUAAUAUAAUAGGUUAUUAAAAGAGGAUGGUUCAGGAAUUUAUAGAUUCUUAAUAACGAAGAGAAUGAACAAAAAAAUUAUACAGCUUCACAUAGUUGUGAUUUCUUAAAUAUCUCUGUAAGCUUUUUCCUUGAUAUACUAAGGAGGAAGAACACUAGUUUAAUAUGAAAUGUAGAAGUGAUUGACUAAUUUUAUAGUAUUUAUAAGAUAACAAAAUUAUUUUUACUAUGCAACAUUUUCACUCCAAGCACAUAUAAUUCAUAACAUAGUUAUCUAUGCUGUAUAAAAAUCGAAUUACAUACAGUUUAGCCUGAAACAAUCAAUUUCUAGGUAAAUCAGUUAAGUUCUUUUUUACUUGAUUUACUGUGUAAUAUGAAAUCUGUGAAUUUCUGAGCCACUUUAUUUCAAUCCCAUGUGCAAAUCUGUUGUCACGAAACCAUUGUGUGUGAUAUACGAACCAUGUAUGUAUAUAUUAAGAUCGUAUGUGUUCGUUUUAUGAAAAAUGAUGUAUCCCGUUCACAGUUACCUUAAAUCAUUGUUCGAUUUUUAACAAUAUUAAGAAACUUGAUUCUUAUCUCUUGAAAAAAAGAAAAAUUGUCGAUAACAAUAAUGUAUAAAAUACAUUAUUCUAUGGUUCCUUGUUCAGGGUGAUACUCAUCAUUAUUCUUCCUUUUUUCUUUCUUCUCAUUUUUUUCUUCUUUUUUUUUUGUUUCUGUAUGAUAUUUACGUACAUAUGUAUCUGUAGAAAUCACUUGCUCUCAAGCAGAAAUUUUGUAUUUUUUUCUGACGUGUGAGAAGUGCGCACACACACGCGCGCGUGUGUGAUCUGUGGUGUGUGAUGUGUGGUGCGUGUGUGGUAAGAAAGAAUAAAUGUAUUAUACAAAAGAAAGAUAUGUGAGAAGGAGUGGAUGAAUAAAUGAUCUAACUAUCAGUAGAACAUCAGUAUAAGUGCGGCGAAAAUGUAACUAUUUUAUGAACAAACGCAUUCGAUUGAAAAUACAAUCUGCUCGUUUGAAUCAUA